AUGGCGACUCUGUCGCUGAAAAUCUCGAUAGAGGAUGGUAAAGUGGUGAAGACCAUCCAAUUCGAUCCGAGCAGCUCUGUAUAUGAUGCCUGUAGGAUCAUCAGGGAGAAGAUUCUGGAGGCCAACAUCAAUGAUGCAAAAGAAUAUGGACUGUUCCUCGCAUCUGAAGAAGAUAAUAAGAAGGGAAUAUGGUUGGAGUCAUCUCGGAGUCUGGACUAUUAUAUGUUGAGGAAUGGGGAUAUGUUAGAGUAUAAUAAGAAGACGAGGAAUCUUCGGGUUCGAAUGUUGGAUGGUACAGUCAAGACUCUGCUGGUGGAUGAUAGUCAAGUGGUUGCCAAUUUGAUGGUGGUCAUCUGUACCAAGAUUGGUAUCACCAACUAUGAUGAAUAUGGAUUGGUUCGAGAAGAGCAGAAGGAAGAGGCAGACCCAUGUGAGAAGCCCAACUAUGGGACUCUCACACUUCGCAGGAGACAUCACGAGAAAGAGAGGGAUGCGAAGAUGGAACAGCUCAGGAAGAAGUUGAGGACUGAUGAUGAGGUUAACUGGGUGGAACCGUCGAAGACAUUACGCGAACAGGGCAUCGAUGUGACGGAGACUCUUCUUUUACGUCGGAAACUUUUCUUUUCUGAUCGGAAUGUGGACUCUCGGGAUCCGGUUCAACUGAAUCUUUUAUAUGUUCAGGCGAGGGAUGCUAUCUUGGAUGGGACACACCCUAUAACACAAGAUAAAGCGUGCGAGUUUGCAGGCUUACAAUGUCAGAUACAGUUCGGUGAUCACAAGGAAGACAAACACAUGACUGGGUUUUUGGAUUUAAAGGAAUUCCUGCCGGCUUCGUACGUGAAGGUCAAAGGGAUCGAAAAGAAGGUCUUCAAAGAGCAUAAAAAGCAUAUAAAUCUGAGCGAGUUGGAUGCGAAAGUACUCUACACGAAGAGCGCCAGGGAUCUGCCCACUUACGGCGUGGCUUUCUUCUUGGUCAAGGAGAAAAUGAAAGGAAAGAACAAGUUGGUGCCUCGACUUCUGGGUGUGACUAAGGACUCCGUUCUACGUCUGGAUGAGAAGACCAAAGAGAUCCUUCAGACCUGGCCUCUGACCACUGUACGGCGGUGGUGCGCAAGUCCCAACACGUUCACGCUGGACUUUGGAGAUUACAGUGAUCAAUACUACUCGGUCCAAACGACGGAGGCCGAGCAGAUCUUGCAGGUGAUCGCGGGAUACAUUGACAUAAUAGUCCGCAAGCGGAGGGCGAAGGACCAUCUCGGGAUCGAGGGGGAUGAGGGUUCGGCAAUGUUGGAGGACUCGGUUUCGCCUUCCAAGGCAAACAUAAUACAGCACGACACAUUCAAGUCGGGCAAAGUCAAUACGGAGUCUGUCGCGAAACCAGCUGUGCUGAGACCUGGAGCUGAAGGUGCCAAGCCGUUCGCAGUGGGCCACAUGACGGGGGCCCAACAGACGACCAUCUCGGGGCAGGCCAUAACGGGACACACCCCACCCGCUGCGUCUCAAGUACAACAGACCAGAAUUACAUCGAUUUUGAGCGAGCCGCAGCGUGCGUUGCUGUCCACAAUCACAUCGGGAAGAGAAGUCAUUAAACAGACAGAAGAAAGGUUGACCAGGGCGGCACUGCCAGCCCUCGGAUCGGACGCGGGUUCGAUUCGUUGGAAAACAUCCACACUGGACAGUAGCAAGCAAGUGGUGACGUCACACAUCGCGGCCAUGAAUGCUGCGACUGCGCAAGUCGUUACCUUGACGGCUGGACCCACAGAGGAAGUGGACCAUACGGCCGUCGGAGCAGCUAUCACAACUAUCACAACCAACUUACCAGAGAUGACGAAGGGUGUCCAAAUGAUUGCUGCGCUGAUGGAAGACGACAAUGGCGACAGUCUUCUGGACGCGACGAGGAAAUUGUGCAGCGCCUUCACUGAUCUGCUGAGAGCUGCGGAGCCGGAAACUAAAGAGCCGCGUCAGAACCUACUAAACGCAGCGUCUCGUGUCGGUGAAGCUUCGACGAGCGUUCUUCACACAAUCGGCGAAGAAACGCCUCAAGACAAGGAAACCCAGGUAAUUAAUGAGAGGAAAGCGAAAAAAGCGUUUUUGUAUAGAAAAUUGAAUUAUUGUUAUGAAAAUUUCUAUAAAGUGUUCUUUGGUAGGGAUAAGAAUGAAUAUGGUGCAGAUUUUUAUGUCGAUAGAAGUAGUGAUGAAAUUAACGAUAAAACUAGUGUAGUUGUAGAUAAUUAUAAUGAUAAAAGAAGUGUAGUUCUAGAUAAAAAUAAUGAUAAAUAUGAAGAUGAUGGAAUUUAUGAAGAUAUAAAUGUUAAUGAUUGGGGAAAGUUAGAUGUCAUACAAGAGGAGUCGGAAAGCGAUUAUUAUAGGAGUCUAGAAUAUUCGAAUAUUAAUACACCAAUUUCAAUUAAUAAACCAAAAACACCAGUUAAUAAUAACGUUGAAGACAUUCUUAAUAAUUGUAAAGAUUAUUUGGAUAAUGAAAAACCAAAAAUCCCUCAGAAAAAUAUUGCCGAUAAAAUAAACAAUAUCCAUAACGACUUUUCUAGCCACGACUAUGCUAAUAUACGUAAAACUAAAAACGAAAUACUUCGCGAACAAUUCUUUAUGUCUAAAAAGAUCGAGUGCGAAAGCAUCAAAAAUGACGUCACUAAAGCGGGAGAUAAAGUCAAGGUGGCCGGUGCGUUGAAUAUGAAGGUUGAUUUGGAUAAAUAUAAUCGCGUUCUAACUACCACGAACACGUUUCUCGAGAAGGCGGAGGCCAGUUUCGAGAAACGCGGUGUUACAGAUGGAAAGAAUUUCGAGACUUUUAUCAAAGAGAGCGAGAAAUACUACAGCGAGAAAAAUAUAGGCAAAACGGAAAUUAGGAUUUUCUACAACCCCACGUUUGCGAAGCGUAAUUGUCCGUUUUGUAACAGGAAAUGUCCGAGGACGGACACGAAAUGCUGUCCGGAGUGUGUCUGUCUCGAGAGGGAGUUGCACAAGGCUUUCAAAGAUAAUUGGUUGAAUAUUUUCCUGAUUUUAGCGUUAGUUUUGGUUUUACUAGCGGUUUUUAUUCAGUGGAUGAUAACAAAGAUGGGAUGUGCUGAUGAUGAAUUUGUAGGGAGUAACGAAACCUGUCUCUACAGUGCUCUAUAA